GGGGCGAGCUUGCUCUGUUUUGUUUGGUACUUACUUCGAACGUCAACAGAAGUGACGUCAUGCAGGAAUGCAUAGUGCACCUUUAAUGGACUGAAAUAAGCAUUUUAAUAGGUGUGAGUUUGGUGAUCAACAUGAGUAUGUUGGGGAUUUGGUUCAUCAGUUUUGUUUGAAAGUCUAAAGAUGAGUCACUCAAAAUUUUAAUGUGGCAAUGCACUUUUUUGGCUUUAAUUUAUCUUUAUAAAGUAAAUGAUGACUACACAAGUCUCGUUUUCACUAAGCAAAUCUGUGUCCACCGAAAUCUCUCGAGAAAACGACGUCUCGGUUUACGGCACAAAGGAAGUGCGUCUUCCAUUGUGCAACCACAACAGCGUCCCCCGGUUAGCGGAGAGGAGAUGCCGAACGGCGGAACAAAUGGAGUAGCUACGAAAACUGUGUCCGGCAAAACAAAAAGACCCUGGUGGUCGGACGAGGUGAGAAAGGCGAAGAGGGAGUGUGACAGAAACCGGAGUAAAACAAGAGUGAACCUCGGACAGGCAUUCACUCGGUGGAGAGAGCUCAGGAGCUCGAGAGGGCUCAAACGCGACAUUCAGUUGGCUUUAUUCCUGCUGGACAAGGAAAGUAUGCAUUCUGAAAACCCCUCACCCCCUUCACCAAAUGAAGAUGAACGGCAGACUUGUGCUGCUCCUUUUGUCCAGCCAUCUGAAAAUGGAAAGGAGUUGAGGAAAAAAGAUGCAGCUCGUCAAAGAGCAGAAAGUCGAGAUAAGUGCUCAGCAACUAAACAGUCACAAAAUAAAGUAAAUAGAGAUAUUCAAGAAGAUGAGGAUGAAGAAUUCAGCACCUCUUUAAGUGUGGGAGACGGACGUUACCUUGUGGAUUUAGGAAGCUCCUCAGAGUUCAUCGUUGAUGAAGAGUGCAUCCUCCAGCUGUUCAAGCUGUGCAGAGAAUGCAACAAACAAUGUUCAGUUAGAAAACGUGUCCAAGGACUAAAGCUAGUUGUCUACCAGGCGUGCUGUUUCUGUCAGAGCCGCUGUACAUGGACUAACCUGCCAGACACUGAUGAGGACGAUGGCGUCAUAGACGAUAGUAAUUUCCAUAUCAAUGGUAAAGAUACAGCACAUGAACAGACCAACACAGCAAUGUUACCAAGCAGUAACACUAGCUGAGAUAGUAUCAUGUCUGAAAUGACACUUCCAUCAGACAGUGGUUGCACUGGGAUUACACUGAACCAGGAAUAUGUUCCAGUUUUUGUUUAACCUGUGGUGUAGUGGACUGAGCAGCUGGACAUUUGGUUAUUCUGCUGCUUUUCACUGGAGCGUCAUCACACCACCAACGCCUCAGCAUUUUACUGAUGCCAUCACAUGUAAAGAGCCAUCUGACGCAAAUUGGAGGGUGGUUACUUCAGCUUGUGAUGGUUGUUUGUUAACGCCAUUGCUAUGGAGAAUGUGUGAUUCUGACUGGCAGGUCAGACAGGUAUGGUGAACAGUUAAAUCACCAUUAGUGGUCAAAAGUGGGGCUGUUGCAACAGAACUACACUUGUUUCAGUUAAAUGUGGGUUGUAACAGUAUGGGCCGUUCUCUUAACUUUGAAAAACUUUUUGGAAGACUCCUUCAAAGUCGUCAUCCUUGGGCUUAUUUGUAGCUCCACAAUACCCAGCUGCUUGAACAAGGGUUUGUUUUUUUUUAAGCAAUAUUGAAAUUGUUAAAAUGAAUCUCUGUUCGAUGUUAGGUUAAACUAAAGGCAUCCUUUACACCAAG